AUGAUCUCGACAGUCCUGCCGCUGCUGUCGAAUCAGCUAUUCGAACACACGCUUCGCUCCAUCUUUAUCAUCCUCGUCGGCAUUCCCAUCACCUACGUUGUAACCAACGAAUUCCUACGCCGUUCUCUUCGGGUAAAGGGGUUCGAUGGGCCAACGAAUUGGCCGCUUGUCGGCAACAUCCCAGACAUCAAGUACAAUGCUGCCGAGAAGUACCGCGAAUGGAGCAAGAUCUUCGGGGAUGUGUAUCAAAUCCAGCUAGGCAAUGUGCCGGUCAUCGUGGUGAAUAGCGCGGAGUCCGCGAGGAAGAUUUUUGGGCAGAAUAGCCAGGCAUUGAGCUCAAGGCCCGUAUUUUGGACGUUUCACAAGGUGCUGUCGAACACUGCCGGAACAACAAUCGGAACUUCGCCGUUCAAUGACUCUUUGAAGAGAAGGCGUAAAGGUGCUGCGUCUGCUCUCAACAAGCCGUCGAUCGCGACAUAUAUUAGCCACAUCGAUGUCGAGACCAAGGAUUUUGUCAAAGAGGGUUUUGUGAACGGCAAAGCAGGUGUGGCCGGAGUAGAUCCCAUGCCCAUGAUCCAACGCCUUUCACUCUCUCUAUCACUUACACUGAAUUGGGGCACGCGCAUGGAAAGCCGGGAUGAUCCAAUGUUCCACGAGAUCACCGAAGUAGAAGAAGCCAUCUCUCUCUUUCGAAGCACGACCGGUAAUCUCCAGGACUACAUUCCACUGCUCAGACUGAACCCAUUCAGCGCUGGAUCCGUGAUGGCACGUGAUAUGCGGAGGAGACGAGAUGUGUAUCUGACUAAGCUGAACAAGGACUUGGAUGAUCGUAUGGAGAAGGGCAGUCACAAGCCUUGCAUUCAAGCGAACGUUAUCCAGGAUAAGAGUGCCGCGUUGAACAAGGAGGAGUUGACAUCCAUCAGCUUGACGAUGCUUUCAGGAGGUCUCGAUACCAUUACCACACUGGUACAGUGGAGUGUUGCACUGCUCGCCCAACGACCAGACAUCCAGAAAAAGGCGGUUGAAGAAAUUGGCAAGUACUACUCGAUCGAAGAGCCCCUGUGCGACGCAUACGACGACCAAAAAUGUGAAUACAUUGUGGCCUUGGUGCGAGAGUGUUUGCGGUAUUACUGCGUCCUUAGGUUGGCACUCCCACGAGCCACGGUGAAGGAUGUCGUGUACGAAGGCAAAUUGAUCCCGGCUGGUAGCACCGUUUACCUGAACGCGUGGGCGUGCAAUAUGGAUCCGAAAGUGUGGCACGACCCCGAGGUGUUCCGACCUGAGCGUUGGAUUGAACAGCCUGACGCGCCGCUUUUCACAUAUGGCCUUGGAUACAGGAUGUGUGCCGGAUCGUUGUUAGCAAAUCGGGAGCUGUAUCUGACGUAUAUGCGGAUGCUGAACAGCUUUGAGAUUUUGCCAGUCACUCAGGUUGAAACGCAUCCCGUGAGGGGGAGCGCAGACCCGUGCAGCUUGGUGACGAUGUGCAGGCAUUACGAGGUCAUUUUCAAGCCGCGCAACGAGGCAGCGUUGAGGAGAAGUCUAGAGGAGGCUGAUAGGCGGUUAGCAGAGACGGCGUAG